AUGGAUAGAACCCUAAGACCUUGCUUGGAUACAUUACCAAAUCUUCUGCAACAAAAUUAUUUAAACAUUGGCUUAGAACAUUUUCUUAAUGAACUCCCUCAAAAACUUGAUAAGUUAAAAAUCUUAACUCAAUUUGUUCUGCCCGAUGUUUAUGAAAUAAUAAGCGAGUAUCCAUAUUAUGAAGCAGUAUUACAAGCUUUACAAUCUGUGGAAAUCAAACAAUCAAAUGAGUUUUAUGCACGAUUUCUCUUGGAAACACGUAAGCAACAGCCAGGAGAAAGUUUUGAUGAAUAUUUACAUGCUCUUAAAGUUUUUGCAAAAGAAUGUAACUUUAAACAGGUAUCUGCUAUUGAAUACCGCAAUGAAUAUAUUAGAGAUGCAUUUAUAACAGGAAUAAAUUCACAAGGUGUCAGACAGCGACUACUAGAAAAAAGUACAACUAGUCCGGAUGAAAUGUUUUUAAAAGCUAGAACCUUAUAA